UCUCCAGCAGUUCACAUCAUGGCCGGUUAUGAGAGCAAGAUAGCUCAACUCUGUGCCCAUCAUCAGCAGAAAGGAAGCAACCUCAUCUCUCCACCGGUCCAUUCUGUCUUUUCUGCUACUCGCCACUCAAGAGGCUCUCAGUCGCUUCAAGGCCCGCUUGUUGACGUAUCGUCCCUCAUUCGCUGCAGGCUGUCUCUCGUAUUAGAGUACUUCUUUGCCGUAAGGAUGACAUCAGGACAGCCCAGCCCCCAGAGCUACACUGCUUCUCGGAGACCUUCCUUACCUUUCUCUACUCAUGGAUAAGAUAUACUUAUAUCUCCAGAUUGCCCUCUUCCACCAUCAAGACUCACAGAGAAAUACCACAGUGGACAGAUAUCUAUAUCUUCCUACUCAACAACAGCAUUACCACAAGAUAUCACGACUUUUUUUGAUCUGAGAUACCAGUACCCUUUGAACUACGUACAAAAUGGAUCUUCAGGGCACUCCCAUCGGAAACACUACCACCGGCACCAAGGUCACCUCUGACCCUGAACGCUACAACAGACCCGUCCAGGAGAAGCCUGGUGCCAUUGCCAAUGACUCUCUCGCUGCUGAAUCUGUGAAGCAGGGCGGUGCUUUCCAGCGAAACGCUGAUGCCGCUCCUCUCGAUGUCUCCGGCAGCAGCUCGACCCUGAACAACACCAACACUUCUGGAGCCAGCCAGCUCUCUUCUAGCCGUGAUGCCGCCACCAGAGACCCCGACAACAAGGAGAGAUACCCUGACAGCCUGGGUGGCCAGGGCAGCUUCCCCGGAGCUCAUGUUCCUGAAACCGGCUACGUCGGCGGCCCUACCAGCGCUAAGAAGAAUCUCGGUAUCGGACAGGAGGGUUACCCUGCCUCUGAGAAGGGCCGCCAGCCUGCCGAGGCUAGCGGCAGCGGCGUCAGAAGCUCUCACUAUGGCGGACCUGCCCCGUCGUACAUUGAACCCGUUAUCCACAACCCUGGCAACACCAAGCCCAAGGGUCAGAACCUGAAGGAGGGUGGAUUCACCGACAAGAAGAACGCUAGCUGGAACACCGACAUUGGUAGCAGGAACGACCCUGGCCGUCUGGCUGAGAACAAGUUCGAACGCUACAACAAGGAAAGUGGCAUUGAUGCUGGCUACACCAAGCAGAGUAGCCGUGAGGACCCCAGCAGCGCCCAGCCCUAUGGUGCUCUCCGCAAUGAGGAGAGCAUCUAAGCGUCUUCCUCAAGAACUAUAAUGACAUUAUGAGGGAUACGCACAAUUAUUUACAUGUUUCAGAAAAUCACAAAUCUGCGAUGAAUCUUGUUGAAGUUGGGCAAUUCAGGGGUACAUACUUUGGCAUAUUUUAAUUGUUGAUUUUGUUUUUCCAUCCUGUCCUGCUGGUAUUUUCGGGACAGAAAUCGCCAAUGGCUCCUAUAUAUUGCUGGUACGUUAUAUCCAUACCAGAUGUAUCAAUAGAAAUGCAUAAUCAAAAAUAAAUUAAAAUCCCAUUAUGGAAAUUAUGCA